AAGAUUUAUUGAAUAGGAAAGGAAGACAUUUUUGUUGGGAAUAGGAUUCCACCUCUCAUGGAAGGUGCCCAUGUUUCAAGAGUCUUACAAUAAUGUAUGAAAACUUUAGCUUCAUUGUCCUUCAAAAUACUGAUAAUUCUUUUUAGGUAAAAACAAAUUUCAGUCACUAUGUAAUAAAUUAUAUUGGAGCCUAGGCUGAAUUUGAGCUAUUUUGAUUUCUAUUUCAGUCAGUGGGAUAUCUUAGCGUAACUAUGUAAUUGUACAAGUGAUUAUAAUAGGAUUGAGUCUUGCCUGCCUUCUCUUAGAUUUUACCAUUAGAUGAGUUGGAUUCAGAUAUUACACUCUGUGUGAACGUACAAGAUCUUUCCAAGUAUAGAAAAUGUUUGAUAUUGUAGAGUGAUCAUGUUGGUGGGAGUAGUGACAAAACAUUUUUGCCAGUGUAUUCUUCUGUGUAGAAGUAGAUGGAUUGGCUUGCUUCAGUUACCUGUUGAGGAUGUGUACCUCUCCCAAUGUUCAAUACUCAGCCUUUUCCUGAACUCCUAAAGUUUAUAGUUUUACCACAAUAUCUAAUAGAGCUACUGGCAACAAAUCUUGGUUGAGAUUCAAGGAUUUGUGGUUUACUAAUUUUGAUUGAGGUGUUAUGUCACUGAUCAGUACUUUCCAGGAAUUUCAUUUCACACUCUGAUUCUAACAAUAUACACCCUCCAUGUAUUCUCCAGUAGUAUUGAAAAGGUGUAUGGCCACAAGUGUUGCAUCCCUAUGCUACAUAGGCACCUCAAAACCACAUUGGAGGCCCAGAAUAUAAGCAAGCAAGCUGUUUAUUCAAGGUUAUAUGCAAGCAAUAGCAAAAUCAAAGUUUAGAGUUAAUAAAAUGGGUUUAAAUUCACAAGAGCAAAGUACUAGAAAAGCUUGAAACAAGAUCACUCAAAGUCACUCAAAGAACAUAGUUCAAACCGGAUAUCAAAGUAAGUCCCAAGAAAGGUAUCAAGAAUAGUCCAAACAAGAUUAAUUCCAAGGCAUGAGUCAAACGAACACACAGGAAACAAGAAUAGAAUGCAGGAUCAAACUCCAAGAUAGUAUAAAGUCAAUGCUGGAACACAAGGCGAGGGUCCUGGCUAGAAUAGAAAUCCAAAAUGGCAAAGUCACUGGAACAUUCAACUAGAUUCACAGACCGAAGCAAGGCUGGAACUUGAAGCAAGAUACACGGCUGCAGGAAUACACAAGAACACGGAGCAAAGAUAUUUCUCUCUUGGAUUAGCAAUGUUGCCACUUCUGACUGUAUCAGAGAAAGCAAACCUUUUAAAGGGAAAUUCAAGGCCUCAAAGUGUGAGAAUAGUGCUUAUUAGUUCGCUUCAAAAGCAGUCAUCUACUCCUUCGCACAGACUCCCUCUGUCCGGUGUUGAGUUAUCAUUCCUCUCCUGUCAAGCUUAUUAGCCCUUUCCAUGUUAUCAGCAUCCGAACUGGAAUGUCCAUCUGGCUCAGAAGGCCUGGCCUUGACUGCAUAGAGGAAUGCGAUUCAAACUGUCUACUUGCAACCAUUCUGUCUCUCGUCCCAGAAUCCACUGGGACAGACUCUGCUUGCAUCCAGGCCCAAAUCCAGAAUCCUCUGACAAAGCAGAUGCAGGGACAAACUCAGGCUAUACCUCUGGCAAGGCGGGUGCAGGGGUAAUCACAGGCUGAAUGGGCCUUACCUCAGGGUCACCUAACAGCUCAAAUGGAGGUUGGGCCAGAACAACAAGCUCCCACUUUACUGGGAAGAAAUAUGUGGUGCUGUUCUCCAACUGUUUUGUCAGCUCUGAAUCCAGAGACUGCUGACAAGAGAGAAGUAAGUGACCUUUCUAAGAAGGACAUUGUGCAGCCUUCUUCCCAUGGUAUCCAUGAAUGUUUGUCACCCUGUUAGCUGAAGUCUGUAUUUAAGGGGACAAUAGGCCAAGCCAGAGUUUCAUCUAGCUUCUCCUCCUCUUAAUAGGGAAAAGUAUCCUUUCUUUCAAAGCCCUCUAAAAGCUAUGUCAUUCCCUAGAUUAAUUGAGGAGAUCCCAAGAUCAAGCAAAUUCACACACUGAUCAACAUGGUAUACUUCGUACUAAGUCAGGUUAUUAAGUGUCUCUAAAUUCUAGUAGUGAAUCUAGAAGUAGCAGCAGCAGACUCCUCACUUAAAGUGCUUAAUGUUGAUCUAAAUAAGAUAAAUAUCUUAACAGUAAUUCUAUAAAACUCUUAUGGAAGGACCCCCUUUCUCUUCCAGUUUGGUGUGAGAGAGUAUCUCCUGGGGAAGUUAUAAUGUUGCCUGGCAUUUUCUAUUGCCACUUCAUUCUUUCCCAAAGGAGUUUUUUUUGUUUACAUAUCCUCCAGUAGCUCUAAGCUGUUGUUGUUUGUAUCCUUCUUUUAUAUCUGUGAUCAAGAUGCAAACUGGUAAAACUAGUAUCUUGCCGUCCCUCUUUGUAGUGUCUUAGGAUCUGUUUCGUUUAUUACCACGUGCUACCAUUGUUUGCAAAUAUGCUGCAAUUUAUUAUUGUUGCUACUUGGGGCUCUUUGUUGUUACAAAGUGUUUUGUGCUUCAGACAAAUGUUGACAAAACUGCUACUUCAGUUUCAGUUAUACCUAAUUCAUGAUAUUUUAGCUACAGUUUUGAUUAAUAGGCAUAAUGCUUAAAAAUAUUGAAGACAAUAGGAUAAUCAUUUCCUUUUUAGUGAUCAAUUUUAACCAGAUGCAAACAUGAUAUACUUCAUAGCUAUUAUAUUUAGAUUUGCUGAUAUAUAUUCAUUUUUAUGAUGUUCAAUAAUUUCAGAGAAUAAAUGAACUAUAUCAGCGUAUUAGGAUAUGCAUUUAUCCUACAGAGUUUUAGAGGAGUAAAAUGCAGAGAUUUUCCUUCUAGCAAUACUUCAGAGCUGCAGAUAAAAAUGACUUCCUGUCUCUCAGUUUCCUGUAUCCAUGGUAACUUUAUUUUAACCAGUUAUUGUGGAGGAGCCAAUGGGAAGAGUAGCAUUUCCUGUGGGAACAGUUACAGAACUUGUGACAAAGUGUGAGAAGCUAGAAUGUUGUCUAGCGAAGUCCUAAAAUAAAUCCUAAUAUAUAAAUGAAUUAGCCAUUCAGCACAAUCGAAGAUGACUGGGAGAAUCAAAGCCUUGGAUAUGUGUCAGCUUCACCACCUUAGGUCAAUCCGACAUAUUAUUAAGUGCCUGCUUCUGUUGCUGAUCCAGAAGGAUAUACUGUGCUGUCCCUCUGUUUGCCAGCAUUGUAAAGGCAGACAAGCUGACUGCCGUUAUUCAGGCCUUUCAUCUAUUCCAAGCAAUUUACCACAAAAUACUGUAUUUUUAUAUUUAAGUGGGAAUAAUAUAUCACUCAUAUAUCCAAAAGAACUGAUAGGCCUGUAUGAAGUUGCUGUGCUACACUUGGAUAAUUCUGGCAUUUUAUAUGUGUGCCCAAAGGCAUUUGCUGAGUGUAAGAAAUUGUGGUUCCUACAUUUGAAUAAUAAUCAGAUAAAACACUUGGAUCUUGGAACAUUUGAAGGACUUUCAAAUCUUCAUUCUUUGUACCUGCAUAAUAAUGAAAUUACAUUCGUUCCUAGAGGAUUAUUUAGGUAUCUCACUUCAGUUCAGUAUCUCAUGCUUCAAAGCAAUCGUCUCAGCAUCCUUGGUAGUGGCACUUUUUUUGGAAUGAUUAGUCUUCGGAUUCUUAACCUAGACAACAAUAAGAUUUCACAAAUAUCACACGCAGCAUUUCAUCACCUCAGCAACCUGACAUGUUUGUUCCUUGGGAGUAACAGUUUAACACAUGUGCCAUCAAGUGCAUUUUUAGCACUGAGAAAUCUUGAAAGACUUUCAUUGUCAUUUAAUCCUAUUGAAGUCAUACCUCCCUUUGCAUUUAAAGGACUUGCCAAGCUUGAAUUUCUUUCCUUAAAAAGUGCAAACAUAAAAACUAUUCAUGCAAAUGGCUUCUCUGGGCUCAAGAAUCUUAAAAAGCUAAUCUUGAGCAAUAAUAAUUUAGAAAAUAUAAAUUCCAAAACCUUUGCAUCUUUGGAGAAUGUAAUGUUUCUGCAGCUUGACAGAAAUAAAAUAAUAAGCAUUGCAGAUGGUACAUUUGAAAAAAUGGGAUCUUCCUUGAAGAUACUGAAUCUAGCAUUCAACAAUCUGACAUUCUUACGGGCUGAAGUGCUUAAGCCUUUGGUAUCUUUAACUCACUUACAGGCAAAUUCUAAUCCAUGGAAUUGUAGCUGCAGAUUACUUGAGCUAAUUAAAUGGUUAGCAUCUUCUUCCAGCUCUCUAAAACUUCAUUGUCAAAAUCCUUCCAAUUUCCAUGGAAGACACGUGAGUUAUGCCAAAUGGAGCUUGUUUACAACCUGUUUCAGCACUACCCCAAAGCCUGAAAUAUUCAACAACAUUGGGCUGGCAGGAAUUCAUCAUAGUACCACUACAGUAUUGAUGGCGUGGCAUAAAAACCCGGCAAGCAAGAAAGCUUUUGAACAUUUAAGUGUGGACACAAAUACAAUGACUUCACGGGCAGAGUUGCCUGCCACAUCUGCUAGUCAGAAGCUUUAUGAAGAGAGUUCCAGUGAGAAACUGGAACAGACCACUUCAGUGUUUACAGCACAGAUCGCAACACAGAAGAUACCAGUUGAUUUGACCAUGGAAGAAGACAAUGUAUUCCCUCUAGAAGCUGCUUCUAUAUCCAUUAAAACAUCUCUAAUAUGUACACAAGAAGUAGAGAAACUAAAUCACUCUUUUGACAUUUUGUUAACUUUUUUUGUUUUGGCCUGUGCUAUGAUCAUCUUUUUGAUGUACAAAAUCAUUCAGUUUAGACAGAAGCUCAAAGCACAAAAGAACUCUGACAGUGGAAUAGAAUACUAUAGCUUUUAUCAAGGGGGUAGCUACACCAUAACUGAUCCAAUCCGCCUUGUCUCCUCGAAUUCAUUGGGAAGUCCAAAUCUAGACUAUGCUCAACUUUCUAAACCAACAGUACUUGAAAGUCAAGCACAGGUCAUCUUAUUUGAACAUUCAGCAUUAUGAUGUUCUGUGUUAAAAUAGAUUGCAGGACUGGAGACUGUGUAAAAGCCAAGAUAACAACUGCUUGUAAUAUUUUAUAGAUGUUUGUACGUGGGUUUCUCAAUUAGUAUUUUUCUUCACAUAUUGACAUUGUUUUGUCUGUUUUAAUAGCUGUACUUUUGUAUGUAUCUUAUGUUUGUUUUAUAUAUAAUGCUUAUAUUAUGUUUUCCCUGACUAUAGGAAAGCAUUCAUUGAUAAAUCCAACUUUGCAUCAAUGGGUGUUCUUUGCCUAUACCAUAUAUCAAAUUCUUUCCUAUAAAGAUUGUAGUCUUUUCGAA